AUGCAACCAUGGUUCCAAAACGGAACUUGCGAUCCAUUCCGCCCCCAGUCCACACCAUGCACGCUUGGGAACUUAGUCCAAUAUUCAAUAAAUGUCUCGUCAGCCGCAGAUGUUGUUGCCGGUUUGAAGUUUGGGAGGGAGAAAAACGUCCGACUAGCAAUCAAAAAUACUGGGCAUGAAUUCAGCGGUAAGAACACAGCAAAAGGUGGACUCGGGCUGUGGACGCACAACCUUAACAAAAUCGAGAUCAAUACGAACUACAGCCGUCCUUCGUAUAAAGGGCCCGCAAUGAAAAUGGGUGCGGGAACUCUGGCAGCUUCUGCCUAUCAAGCAGCACAUGCGUUGGGUUACCGGGUUAUUGGCGGCAGCUGCCCAACCGUUGGCCUUGCAGGCGGCUAUACACAAGGUGGAGGGCACUCUGUACUGAGUUCUAUCUAUGGUUUAGGAGCAGACAAUGUUCUUGAAUGGGAAGUCGUGACCGCCGAUGGGCGACAACUUAUAGCAUCCCCCGAACAAAACGCUGACCUCUUCUGGGCACUCAGCGGUGGUGGACCAGCAACUUACGCCGUGGUAAUCUCAAUGACCACAAGAAUGUAUCUCGAUGGCCCAACUUCAGGUGCAAGCCUGACUUUCAGUUCUUCAGGCAUAGAUCAAGCAACCUACUGGGCAGCUAUCGAGAAUUUCCAAUCGAAUCUCGCACCUCUGGUGGACGCUGGUGCCGUUGUCCUAUACACUAUAACGCCAUCAAACUUCUUAAUGUUUGCCUCCGCGCCAGCUAUUGCGGCCUCCACAUUCGACACCGGAUUCGCCAGCGUCAAGAGCCAUCUCACACAAGUCGGAAUCGCACACAAUCUCACCGUCACAGCGGAUCUAACUUACUAUGACCACUUCCAACGCUACUAUGGACCUCUUCCCAACGGCAUAUGGGAAGUCUCCCACCUCAUCGGCUCGCGUCUUAUUCCUCGUUCAGUUGUCACUGCCCCCGCUGGCAACAAAGCACUGGUAGACGCAUAUGCCAACAUAACCGCCAGCGGGGAUUUCAUAGUCGUCUCCAUCGCCAUGAAUGCCUCGCGCCCAGCGACCCUUCCCGGAGGUAAUUCAGUGCAUCCCGCAUGGCGAUCUGCACUCCUCCACACCCUUGCCUACUGGCCCUGGGAUUGGACUGCAUCGCCCGCCACAAUAACUGCGCGGGAGCGCACACUAACGGAGGACAUUGAGCCACAGCUCGUACAAUUGAGUCCAGGCAGCGGGACCUAUCUCAAUGAGGCGAAUUUCAAUAUGAAGAAUGCGCAGCAGGAGUUCUACGGGCCGAAUUUGGCGAGAUUGAGGAGUUUGAAAAAGAAGUGGGAUAAACAGGGACUGCUUUGGGCAAGGACGGCCAUUGGGAGCGAGGCUUGGGUUGAAGAUGGAACUCAGAGGUUGUGCAAGUCCGGUAAAGACUUUUAG